AUGGCAUCCAAGCGUGUCGGCUGCCUUGCUGAGGCCAUGGCUUCGCUUCGCCUCGCUGCCCAGGUCCAGCUUCUCAUCGGCAAGCCGUUUGUUCGUUCCAUGGCCACCGAGGCUCACACGCGGGAAACGGUCCGUCCAGGGCCCGGCUCCGAUACGCAGUCCAUCCUGCAGUCCUGGAACCCAGGUAACUCGGAGCCCUCUCGCUUCCCCGUGGACCGUCCUCGUCUGACAUGUCGCCAAGUCUCGACCGUUCCCCUCACGAUACACAGCUUUCCCUCUCUCGAACCCGUUUCCCUCGAGCAAUGGUCCGUCCAGCACCUCCACCUCCCCAUGCGGCGCGACCUCCUGCACCACGCCGUCGUGUUCGAAGGCGACUCGACGCGCCAGGGCACCGCCUCCUCCAAGACGCGUUUCGACGUCCACGGCUCCCACCGCAAGAUCCGGCCGCAAAAGGGCAGCGGCCGUGCCCGUCUCGGCACGAAGCAGAGCCCCGUGCUGCGCGGCGGCGGCAAGACGUUCGGCCCGCACCCGCGCGACUUCUCGUCCCGCCUCAACCGAAAAGUCUACGACAAGGCCUGGCGGACGGCGCUGAGCUACCGCUACCGCAGGGGCGAGCUUCUCGUCUGCGAAGAUGGCAUGGAGCUCGCCGUGCCGACCGAUUUUGACAUGGUCGCCGACAAGUACCUCAAGGACGGCCUGCGCGAGAGCUACCUGCAAAAAUACAUGGAAGCCGUCCUGCGGACGCUGGGGCUCGGCCGUGCCGGUGGCCGCACCCUCUUCGUCACGGGUGACGGGAGCCACAGGCUGCGUGACGCCAUGCAACAGGUACCUUGGGACGGUCGGGCGCUGAACCUCGAGGACGUCGACAUCAAGGACCUGCUCGAGACGGGCAAGGUCAUCUUGGAGCGGAGCACUCUUCGGGAGAUGAUGGAGCGGCACCAGAGCGACCUCGUCAACCGGGUGUGCGUGGGUGGUGUUUCGCUCGGGGAAGGGAAACCGUGA